AGCAAAAAUCUUCUCUCCCAAUCCCCACAACGAAGAAAAUGUCAUCUUCAUAAAUCCUCAUUUUCCUCUUCCCAGACAUCCACCGAUCGAGAUAGCAAGGCUGGGUCUCCAAAGAAAGCCUCACGCCGCCGCUCAGGAAGCGGAAGAGCCUUGAGGAGCAGAACGGAGUUAAGAUAUUAGAAAUAUGGCUUCGAGUUCGAAAUUGAGGAUCAAAACGGAGUAAUUUUAGCUUGUCUGGCCAAAUGGAAGUUCCAAGUAGCCAAGUUGUUUGAACCAUCGUCGUCCUUCUGGUGGUUCUUCUAAUAGAUUUGAGCUCGGGAAAAAGAGAGUUCUAACAAAGGCGCGUCAAUUGCUGGUUGAUUUGGUUCACAUGUCUGAGGAACGAGCAGGAAAACUUCAAGCAGAAAUGGCUGUGGAGGAACAACGUGGUAUGGAGCUUUGUAGAUUCCUCAAAGAAGAACUACAAGAACCUAAACCCCCUACUCAGCAGAAGCUAGUAUUGAGAGAGGGAAGAUAUCAAAAGAUUCCAACUGAAGGAGUCACGGCCUACUUUGAUGAGUGUGUAUCACUAUCAACAUUUGAUAAUGCCGACUACACUCCAGUGGAAGAAUCCCCAUUCAACAUGGUUAGGUAUUACCCUAAAAGUGACAGCACAUCUUUGACUCGUGCAAUUGCGGGCGUUCUAGUUGCCAAUUGCUCCAGCAAUCCUCUCAAUGACGAUCAGGAAUACCGAUUCAUGCAUAGCGAUAAUGCUUUGGACUUGCACUUCACAGCCAGCACUAGUGGCACGGAGCCAAAUGACGGAAAAUUCACUCCUAACAGCAGCAACAGUGACAGCAAACGUGGUCGGAGGUUACAGUUUUCAUUCUUCUCCCUUGAGUCACAAAAACAUCCGAGUUUCAACAACUCAUUAGGAAGUCAUCAAAACUUUCGACGAAAGGCACAAGGAGAGUUGAUAUUGAUUCACAGGUUUCAAGAUCAACAGGGUAUCACAAUGAUGAUGGGUCUAAGUUCAAGUGGCAUAGAGGUAAAUAAGCUCGACUUUAAGAGUAUUUAUCUGUUUCCCACUUUCCGAUUUCUCCUUACACACGUCCUCUGUGUUCUCAACUCUCAAGUGGAAUUUGCAGAAACAGAUACACCAAAGUAACUGACAGUCAUUGCUCCAACUUUGAAAGCUAUCCCAAAUCUUAAUUUUUUAUAUUUUUUGAAUAAAAACAAAAUUUUGGA